GCAGCAGGUGGCGGUAUAGACCUUGGUAGUGCAACCCGCCAGAGACGCAAAGCAGAAGAAGAUGCUGUAGGUGCUAAGUGUCUCCAGAAGAUGGCGCUAAGGUGUCCCUGAUGAAGUGAGUCAGGUCAGGGCGUGUUGCUAUCUGAGCGCUACUCGUCAGCCGGGGCCAGGCCGAACAGUCGUCUUUUCAACGUGUGGCGGGCUCACGUUCAAUGCAGUAGAGAUGGAUUUCGACGCCUUAUUUAAUGAAAAGACAUUUCAGUAUUCAGACUUCCAGGAGUUUACGUUUCUUCCUGGACACCAGAAGUUGACUGAACGAGUGAGAAAGCGACUGUAUUAUGGGCUGGACAUGGACGGCACUCUAGAUGCCCUCUCUUGCCCUGUUACAGAUAUCGCUGUUGAGAUAUUCCAGAAGUCCGCCCCAAGCCCCAUACGCAAGCUCCAGAAGAAGUAUGCCGCUCAUGUUUCCAGGGAGGCUUGCAUCUCCCCGUGUGCCAUGAUGCUGGCUCUCGUUUACAUAGAAAGGCUCCGACACAGAAACCCUGAGUACCUUCAAAAGAUCUCCUCCUCUGACCUCUUCCUGAUCUCCAUGAUGGUUGCCAGCAAGUAUCUGUAUGAUGAAGGAGAGGAGGAAGAGGUUUUCAACGAUGAGUGGGGAGCAGCUGGGAAGUUGGACGUCAAAACCGUCAAUAACCUGGAGAUGAACUUCUUGAAUGCAAUUGAGUGGAGCCUCUUCACAGAGCCAAAUGACUUAUUUGAUAUACUGAGUCAACUGGAAACCAGCAUUGCAGAGCGGCAGGGGAUGAAACGCGGCUGGUUCACCUACACUGACCUCUGUGUGCUUCUGGAGCAAUCGGUGUGGCGUCAAGCCCUCACAGCCAUCUAUCAGCAUUUUAUCAAGGUUUCCUGUAUGCUCGGCCUGGUGUAUCUGACCAGCGUGGCUGGCCUUAUUGCCACCAGCGCUGUGCUGCACCAGCUCAGUCUCUCCAGAAGCGGCCCGUCCCUGCUCCCACCUCCUGCUGAGAUUAGCCCGGACCUUCAGACCUCUGACCCGAAAGCAGAAGCUCCUUCUGCAGCCCCGCACCUCCCCUGUUGCAUUCUGGCCAACAAGAGUCUGAGCCGUCAGACCGGUGCACCUGGAAUCGGACAGGACCUCCUACAAAAUCCUCCAUCGGCUUCCUCACAGACCUCAAUAUUGUGUCUCUGGGGCUCCCUCCUUGCUUCAAUGGGUCACAUACAUCCUGAAAGUGAUUCUGAUCUAGAUGCACUUCGAACCUGGUUGCCUGUCUCCUUCUUCUGUCCUGGCUGUCUUGCGUCCCUCCCUCCUCUUCAGUGCGGGCUUAGAAACACCUCAACAGUCUUCGCUCAUGCCCCCAUUGGGAACCAUCAACGUCAUGUACCGUGGCUAGCCUCCAGCCUCCUUGGAGGGGCGGAGCCAAGUCUGAACUCUCGCAUGGGUGUGUUUCCCCCUAUACAGCUGGGACCUUGCCACCCAAAGUCCAUGUUACCCGUCGACAAAGCCCAAGCUCUGCUAAUGCCCGGCUAGCGACUGGCAAACUCCACUGCUGUCAACCUGUACUAAUGGACUCUGGAAAUGAAAGCGGCGUUAUUUUUAUGACUCAUCGACCACUUCAAGUCAUGUUUUGUUUACUUUUUCAGAUCUGGAAUACAGGUACAAAGGCGAGAGUAAUUGCACACAGACAGAGUGAGAAUUUGACAUCACGGUAGAGGGGUGGAAAGUCACUUGUUGCGCAGCACUUCAGAAUAUAUUUGCCAUAAAUGAAAUGCCAUAGUCAAUGCUCUGCAUCUUGUUUUCAUAUACAGAGAAUAUCACAAGGAAUUUAAAGAUAGUUUAGGUUUUCUUGGCUGCAACACAAGUGUUUUGCCUUUGGGAUGAGUUUGUUUUGAGUUAUUAUAUUACAGCUGUAAUGGUAAAGCUGCUUGCUACUUGGCAAGUUGAAGAAAGUGUAUGGAGGUUUCACAGCAGAUCUGAAAGUUGAGUUUCAGAGGGGCUCUGAGAAGAAGGGACUAAACCAGGUUACUUUGUCUACUACAAUUUAGGCUUAUGCAUAUAUGCUUAGUGUAAGCAUUUCGUUUUCAUUUAUGCAUGUCAGGCUUUACAUCAGACAAUGGUCAUACAACUGCAGCAAGUACUGAUUUAUUUUGUACUCCAGAUUUCUGUUACUGUUUGUGAAACAAACAAAACAAAGCGUAUUCAGGUGAAAGCAUCAAAGAAAGGAAAUAGACCAUUUGAAUGCAGAACACCAUCUUCAUACCUCAGUGCAACGGUUGUAAGCCACACACAAAAAUCCAUAAACUCCUCCUAUUCUGGUCAUUUAUAGCGUAACGGUUUUGUCUAUUUUUUUCUUUUCUGUGGCAACAGGAAUUUACACAAUCCUCAAGCCACUUCUCUGUAACAUGGUGUGACCAUAUAAGAGAUUAGCCUAUAAGUUUCCCAUGCUCCAAUGGGAAUAGGUCUUUAUAAAGAGGACGGGCUCCAGCGGCUUUCUUGCCAUUUUGAACUGGUUUCUGGUGGGUGUUUUUUUAAAUUUUUUUUUAAGGGAACUUCAUUUUUCAGUGCAGCAUUGGACAUUUCACUCUUUUUAAAUAGAUUUGUUUGUGUACAGAGUUGCACAUGGAACUCCAAGUCACUGACUUUGUAAUCAAACCUUUCACAAUAUGGCUCGGAGCAUUUGAAUUUAAUACAGCACGAAGUCCUUUUAAUUUUGUACAUGGUGUAAAAUGCAAAUAUUGUACAAAUCUGUAAAAAAAAAAAAAAAAGAACUAAAUAAAGGAAGCAUUUCUUUUUUGACAUUUGUU